CCUCCUCCUCAUCGGCUUCAUCUUCUUCGCUUACGGCGUCACGGAAGGCACCGGCCGGCCCAUCCUGAACCGGGCUUACCAAGAGUUUUAUCUCCAAGACUUCUACGGGUGGCUUGUCCGAGCCGUCACCGCCCCCACUCACUGGGCGCAGAUCGGUCGUUGUCUUAGGGGCUCUCGUGUUUGCGAGAACAUGGUGAGCUCUGUCAACGGAUUCCCGGAAACCGCCGACAUGUUUUACACGAGAGACCUUAGCCCUAUUCAGUCAGGGUGUUGCAAACCGCCUACGGCAUGUCGAUUUGCUUACGUGAACGAGACCUACUGGAAGACGGCGACGUCGGCCAACAGGGGAAUGUUACUGGGGGCGGCAACGGAGAGAGACUGCGGCCGGUGGAGCAACGAUCAGCGGCAGCUAUGCUACAGCUGUGACUCCUGCAAAGCGGGGGUGAUGGGGAGCGUGAGGGAGAGCUGGAGGACGGCGUCCGUCAUCAACCUCGUCAUGUUGUUCUUCCUAGCAAUCGCGUACACGGUGGCGUGCAUCGCGUUUCGGCUCAAGAGAGACGACGAGCCGCGGCCGGGUUGGGAAACGGGGAAGCAGGUUGAGAAAGGCGAGUCAUCGUCGCGUUAUUAUUACAGCGAUGAGACUAAAAUAGACAAUAAGUAAUCAAGGGUUGUGAUUUGUGAAAGGUUCUAAAGACUUUUAGAACUAGUUGUGCUUAGCUUAUUCGAUCAAUUCAAAGAGCAGGUGGCAUUAUUGUAUAUGUUUUCCUUGAGGCCGGCCGGUUACGAGUCAUCAUAGGCCUUUCAUGGCAUGCAUAUGCUCCUUUCCCUGCUUGGAGUGUUUUAUCAUAUGAUGGGGUCACAAUUUUGAGAUGCACUCAACGCUCGUUGUGUUUUAAUUUGUCUUAUGAAUAAUAACAGAUCAAGUUAUGA